GUAACAUGGGCUCAGCGCUCAAGCAAAACCGAGGCUGCGAAGAACCACAUCUUCCUCAGCAUCAAUGUCGUCGACGUCGACCCGAAGAAGAUCAAGCUCGACAUUCAGCCAGCCAAGCUCACUUUCUCCGGCUACUCAGAAUCGAAGAAGGCCGAAUACGCAGUCAGCCUAGACUUCUACGACGAAAUCGAGCCCUCAGCAUCCAAAAUCAACCACUCUCCCCGCGCAGUCGAGAUGGUUCUGCAGAAGAAGGAGUUGAACGAGGCAUACUGGCCACGUCUGCUUAAGGACACCAAGAAGGUGCACUUCCUUAAGACCGACUUCGACAAGUGGGUCGAUGAGGACGAGCAAGAC